CACAUAUUUCCGCCAGGUUCCCAGAGGGGAGGAUGAAGCUACAGUCUAGCGCGCAGCACAGCCAAUAAAAAAUCAGGAUUCUCUCCCGUCUCAGAUUCUGACCAAUCAGUGCCCGAAGCUUUAGUUUGUUGGCCAGAGCUCUGUCGUUAGGGAAAGGAGACAAACCCACUUAGAAUUGCCAGUAACCGACAUGGCUGCGGCCCCUGGAGGAGGGGACGUGAUGUGAGGAGGGGGCUGGGAGGGGAGAGGACGCGGGCGAGGAAGACAGGCCCUGGGGCCCGAUGCUGUAGCUGUGACAGACUCUCUGGGGUUUGUCAAUGUUGAGGAGGAAUCUUCUUUCUGGGGGUGACUGCACUCAUCUGGGCAUGCCUGAAGUACCCUGGGCCCAUGGAACUGAAGGAGAAGCAUCUGGGAGAGCCCCCCUUGGCCCUGGGCCUGUCCACCUGGAAGGCCCUCAGUGUCCUGAAGGAACAGCUGGAGGCCGUGUUGGAGGGACACCUCAAAGAACGGAAGAAAUGUCUCACGUGGAAGGAGGCAUGGAGAAGCAGCUUCUUGCACCUGGGUAACCGUUGCUCCUGUUUCCACUGGCCGGGGGCCUCACUCAUGCUGCUGGCGGUGCUGCUACUGCUGGGCUGCUGUGGGGGCCAGCCAGCUGGAAGCCACGGGGUGGAGCUUGUGAAUGCCUCUGCACUGUUCCUACUGCUGCUUCUCAACCUCGUCCUCAUCGGGCGGCAGGAUCGGCUGAAGCGCCAGGAAGUGGAGCGCAGGCUCAGAGGGAUCAUUGACCAAAUCCAAGAUGCCCUCAGGGAUGGCAAGGAGAUCAAGUGGCCAAAUGCCAUGUAUCCUGACCUUCACAUGCCCUUUGCACCAUCCUGGUCGCUGCACUGGGCCUACAGAGAUGGACACCUGGUCAAUCUACCAGUCAGCUUGUUGGUAGAAGGAGACAUCAUAGCCCUAAGGCCUGGCCAGGAAUCCUUCGCUUCCCUGAGGGGGAUCAAGGAUGAUGAGCACAUUGUCCUGGAGCCAGGUGACCUGUUUCCCCCUUUCUCUCCACCACCCUCUCCCCGGGGAGAAGUGAAGAAAGGGCCACAGAACCCCCAGCAGCACCGGCUCUUCCGUGUCUUGGAGACCCCUGUGAUUGACAAUGUCAGGUGGUGCUUGGACAUGGCUCUGUCCCGCCCAGUCACUGCUUUGGACAAUGAAAGGUUCACAGUGCAGUCAGUGAUGCUGCAUUAUGCAGUGCCCGUGGUCCUGGCCGGCUUUCUCAUCACCAAUUCCCUGCGUUUCAUGUUCAGUGCCCCUGGGGUCACUUCUUGGCAGUACACCCUCCUUCAGCUCCAGGUUAAUGGCAUGCUGCCUAUCCUCCCCCUGCUCUUCCCAGUCCUCUGGGUGCUGGCGACUGCCUGUGGAGAAGCCCGUGUCCUAGCCCAGAUGAGCAAGGUCUCGCCCAGCUCCCUGUUGGCCAAGUUCUCAGAGGAUACUCUCAGCAGCUAUACAGAAGCCGUCUCCUCUCAGGAAAUGCUGCGCUGCAUUUGGGGCCACUUCCUGAGGGUGAUCCAAGGGACAUCACCAACGCUGAGCCACAGUGCCAGCCUGCUGCACAGCUUGGGCUCCGUCACGGUCCUGUGCUGUGUGGACAAGCAGGGGAUCCUGUCAUGGCCAAAUCCCAGCCCAGAGACUGUGCUGUUCUUCAGUGGGAAAGUGGAACCCCCUCACAGCAGCCAUGAGGACCUCACAGAUGACCUGUCCACCCGCUCCUUCUGCCAUCCUGAGCCCCAUGAACGAGAUGCCCUUCUUGCUGGCUCCAUGAACAAUACCCUGCACCUUUCCAACGAGCAGGAGCAUGGCGACUGGCCUGGUGAUGGCCCCAAGCCCCCUGAGCCCUACUCUCACCACAAGGCGCACGGCCGCAGCAAACACCUGUCCGGCUCCAACGUGAGCUUCAGCAGGGACACUGAGGGUGGCGAGGAAGAGCUCAGCAAGGCCCAGCCUGGGAUGGAAGGGGAACCCUAUGAGGCUGAGGACUUUGUGUGCGACUACCACCUGGAGAUGCUGAGCCUGUCCCAGGACCAGCAGAACCCCUCCUGCAUCCAGUUCGAUGACUCCAAUUGGCAGCUGCACCUCACCUCCCUCAAGCCUCUAGGGCUCAAUGUGCUGCUGAACCUGUGCAAUGCCAGUGUCACCGAGCGCCUGUGCCGCUUCUCCGACCACCUGUGCAACAUUGCCCUGCAGGAGAGCCACAGCGCUGUGCUGCCCGUGCACGUGCCCUGGGGCCUCUGUGAGCUGGCCCGCCUCAUCGGCUUCACUCCAGGGGCCAAGGAGCUCUUCAAGCAGGAAAAUCAUCUUGCACUGUACCGCCUCCCAAGUGCCGAGACCAUGAAGGAGACCUCGCUGGGGCGACCCUCCUGUGUCACCAAGCGGCGCCCCCCCCUCAGCCACAUGAUCAGCCUCUUCAUCAAGGACACUGCCACCAGCACAGAACAGAUGCUGUCCCAUGGCACGGCUGAUGUGGUCUUGGAGGCCUGCACAGACUUCUGGGAUGGGGCUGACAUCUACCCUCUUUCUGGUUCUGACAGAAAGAAAGUGCUGGAUUUCUAUCAGCGAGCCUGCCUGUCUGGUUAUUGCUCUGCCUUUGCCUACAAGCCUAUGAGCUGUGCUCUGUCCUCCCAGCUCAAUGGCAAGUGCAUUGAGCUGGUGCAGGUGCCUGGUCAGAGCAGUAUCUUCACUACAUGUGAGCUGCCCGGCACCGUCCCCAUCAAACAGAAUGCUCGCCGAAACAGCUGGAGCUCUGACGAAGGGAUCGGGGAAGUGCUGGAGAAGGAAGACUGCAUGCAGGCCCUGAGCGGUCAGAUCUUCAUGGGCAUGGUGUCCUCCCAGUACCAGGCUCGACUGGACAUCGUGCGCCUCAUCGAUGGGCUGGUCAACGCCUGCAUCCGCUUUGUCUACUUUUCUUUGGAGGAUGAGCUCAAAAGCAAGGUGUUUGCAGAAAAGAUGGGCCUGGAGACAGGCUGGAACUGCCACAUCUCCCUUACACCCAAUGGUGACAUGCCUGGCUCUGAGAUCCCCCCUUCCAGCCCCAGCCAUGCAGGCUCCCUACAUGAUGAUCUGAAUCAGGUGUCCCGGGAUGAUGUGGAAGGGCUUCUCCUACUGGAGGAGGAGGGUCACUCGGACCUCAUCAGCUUCCAGCCUACAGACAGUGACAUCCCCAGCUUUCUGGAGGACUGCAACCGGGCCAAACUACCCCGGGGUAUCCACCAGGUGCGGCCCCAUCUACAGAACAUUGACAAUGUGCCCCUGCUGGUGCCCCUCUUCACUGACUGUACCCCUGAGACCAUGUGUGAGAUGAUAAAGAUCAUGCAGGAGUAUGGGGAGGUGACCUGCUGCCUGGGUAGCUCUGCCAACCUGCGGAACAGCUGCCUGUUCCUCCAGAGUGAUGUCAGCAUUGCCCUGGAUCCCCUGUACCCAUCCCGCUGCUCCUGGGAGACCUUUGGCUACGCCACCAGCACCAGCAUGGCCCAGGCCUCAGAUGGCCUGUCUCCCCUGCAGCUGUCAGGGCAGCUCAACAGCCUGCCCUGCUCCCUGACCUUCCGCCAGGAGGAGACCAUCAGCAUCAUCCGGCUCAUUGAGCAGGCUCGGCAUGCCACCAAUGGCAUCCGUAAGUGCUUCCUCUUCCUGCUGCAGUGCCAGCUGACCCUCGUGGUCAUCCAGUUCCUUUCUUGCCUGGUCCAGCUGCCACCUCUCCUGAGUACCACAGACAUCCUAUGGCUGUCCUGCUUUUGCUACCCUUUGCUCAGCAUCUCUCUGCUGGGGAAACCACCUCAUAGCUCCAUCAUGUCUAUGGCAACAGGGAAAAACCUUCAGUCCAUUCCUAAGAAGACCCAGCACUACUUCCUGCUCUGCUUCUUGCUGAAGUUCAGCCUCACCAUCAGCUCGUGCCUCAUCUGCUUUGGCUUCACACUGCAGAGCUUCUGUGACAGUGUCCGGGCCCGCAACCUCACCAACUGCUCUUCAGUCAUGCUGCGCAGCAAUGAUGAUAGGGCUCCAGCUUGGUUUGAAGACUUUGCCAAUGGGCUGCUGUCGGCUCAGAAGCUCACUGCCGCCCUGAUUGUCCUGCACACUGUUUUCAUCUCGAUAACCCAUGUGCAUCGCACCAAGCCCCUAUGGAGAAAGAGCCCCUUGACAAACCUCUGGUGGGCUGUGACUGUGCCUGUAGUGUUGCUGGGUCAGGUGGUCCAGACGGCUGUUGACCUGCAGCUGUGGACACACAGGGACAGCCACAUCCACUUUGGCCUGGAGGAUGUGCCCCUGCUGACAUGGCUCCUGGGCUGCUUAUCCUUGGUCCUUGUGGUGGUCACCAACGAGAUCGUAAAGCUGCAUGAGAUUCGGGUUCGAGUCCGCUAUCAGAAGCGACAGAAGCUGCAGUUUGAAACUAAGCUGGGCAUGAAUUCUCCCUUCUGAGCCAUUGGCCAUGGUGGCCCUUGUCCCUGGAGCUAACACCAGACCCAUUCCUGAGUCUGGGGAGUUGGUAUCAUGAAUGUUUCAGGGUUUGUUCUUGUGCCCCCUGGCAUCAGAGGCCCAGCUCUGGUCAUUGGAGACCCUGCUGUCUUCCUGACCCUGGGGCUCACUGUGGAGAAGCUGAGGAGCCUUGGCCGAACACGACCAUUUUGGCUCUUCUCUGGCCUUACCAGGGGCACUCGAAUGUAUGAACUCAGGUGCAUGGUAGAGGGACUCUUAGUCCUCUCCCAUGGGCUGCCCCACUUCAGGGUUCCCUUACCC